UAAAUUUUAGCACAAAUUAGAUUUACUCUUCUUGCUUCUGCCUUGCCUUCGCCUUCGUUUGCUCUUCAUUCUUCUCGCUUCCUGUGAUCUCUUCCAAAUCAGUUUGCUUCUUCUUUCUUCCUCUAGCUUUUGGGCAAUUUGCAGUUUCAGUGUCAGGCCACAAUUUCAAUUCAGAUUGGUUAAUAUUGUUUGCUUUAUUAUUGUUGGCUUGAAGAAUAAGGAAAAAAAAAAACUAUUACAGUUUACUCUUCCCAAUAGAUCAAGGAUAUAUUAGGGAGAAUGUGUAGCAUCAUUAAAGCAAUUGGUGGUUACAUUGGUGAGCCCAUUAAACGUGAGCUUGGGUAUCUAUGUUUCAUGAGUGACAACAUGGAGAAACUUAGAAACCAAGUUGAAGUGCUGGAGGCAACUAGAGAAACUGUACAGCAGAGGGUUGAUGAAGCAAAAGGAAAAGCAGAAGACAUACUAAGUAAUGUCUUGUAUUGGUGUACUAAGGUUGAUUGCAUCAUUGAAGAAUCCAAGGUGAUACUAGACAGGGAAGGUCAACAUGUUGGAUUGUGCCAGAAUUUGGUCCAACGACGCUGGUUGAGUAGAGAAGCAGAGAGAAAGGCGGAUGAAGUGGCUAUUGAAACUACUGUGGGGAAUUUCUCUAUAGUCUCUUUUGAAACUUUCUCAACAACCGAGAGUGAGUCGAUGCUCGAUUUUAUGAACUUUGAAUCGAGAAAUUUGAUUAUGAAACAAAUCAUGGAUGCAUUGGAGGAUGAUAAUAACAACAUGAUUGGAGUGUAUGGGAUGGGAGGUAUUGGCAAAACGAUGCUGGUAAACAAAAUUUCAAGAGAACUUAAGGCCAAAAAGGCAUUUGAUGAAGUGAUAACAUCAACUGUGAGCCAGACACCGGAUUUAAAAAGAAUUCAAGAGCAACUAAGUGCCCCGCUAAGUUUGAAAUUAAAAGAUGAAACAGUGCAAAGAAGUGCACUUAAGCUACACAAAAGGUUGAAGAUGGAAAAAAGAAUCUUGGUUGUACUUGAUGAUAUUUGGGAGUAUAUUGAUUUGGAAAAAAUAGGAAUUCCAAGUAUUGUAGGUCACAAAGGAUGCAAGAUCAUAUUUACUUCUAGAGAUAACCAUAUACUCUCUAAUGAGAUGUGCAUCAAUACAACUUUUGAGAUAAAAGUUUUAGAAGAAUAUGAGUCGUGGAAUUUAUUGAAGACAAUUGUAGGUGAAGUUGUUGAAGCAUAUUAUUUGAAACCUAUAGCUGUUCAGAUAGUGAAGGAAUGUGCACAUUUGCCUAUUGCUAUUACUACGGUUGCUAAGGCAUUACGAAAUAAACCUUCUCCAAUUUGGAAAGAUGCCUUAGAUCAACUAAAAAAUCCUGUGACUGUGAAUAUUAAAGGAAUGAACAAGAAAGUGUAUUCCUCGCUGAAAUUAAGCUAUGAGUACUUAGAGUAUGCAGAGGUCAAGUUAUUAUUCUUGUUUUGUAGCAUGUUUCCAGAAGAUUUUCUCAUCGGGUGGAAGACUUGCAUGUAUAUGCUAUGGGCAUGGGUUUCCUGCAUGGUUUUGAUACUGUGGCACAAGGACGACGUUGAAUAAAAAUUUGUUGAUGAUCUUAUAUCUUCUUCUUUACUUUUGCAAUAUGAGUUUAGGAACGACCCUCAUGUGAAAAUGCAUGAUAUAGUUCGUGAUUUAGCCAUAUUAAUUGCUUCUAAUGAUGAUCAAAUUCGUACGUUGAGCUAUGUAAAAAGAUUGAAUGAAUGAGAAGAAGAGAAAAUAUCAGGUAAUCAUACUGCAGUGUAUUUAGAUGUUAAAGGUUUGCAUAGUUCUCUCCAGAAGUUAAUGUUACCCAAAGUUCAAUUAUUAAUGUUACAUGGACCAUUGUCCGAGGGAAACGAGUUGGUAGAAAAUUUUUUCGAAGAAACAAAAGAGCUCAAAGGUUUAGAAUUGAAAAGCAUGAAAGUUUCUCUAUCGCGACGAUUGCUUUGCUCCUUUGCAAAUGUUAGAUUAUUGCAUUUGGUUGAUUGUGAAUUGGGGAACAUAGAUAUGAUUG